AUGUACACCAUCUUAACUAACAGGAGGUGAGACAUAGCAAGCGCAACCAAUUUAUAUCCUCUCCUUUUAAUCAAUACAUGAUUACAAUAGACAAUGGGUCACCAUGCAUAGACACUGGCUUGGCCCAAAUCAAGGCUAACUGGUCAUAAAAGGAGUGAUUUUCUUAGCCUUGUGAAUCUAGACUGUCCGUUGCACUCACCAUUGUAAGGCAUUAUCUAUAUAUACAGUAACUGUGAUAUAACUGUCCAGGAUUAAAGGGAUCCAGUGCGGGGAGAUUGACUUCACAGACAGGGACUACCAGGAGCAGCUUCCCAUGGUGGCUUGGGCCAAGGCUUCCAAGGCCAUCAAGAACAACCUGCGGCUGACCGAGGUCAUUGCCGAGCCCAACAUCUCCACCAACCAGAGGAAGGUGCAGGCCAUCCUCCACAUGCACCUGGAGCAGAGGGCGGCCGAGAGAGCCCAGAACCCCAGUGAGUGCACCCUCAAUCGGGAUAGAGUGGGGUCUUCGACAAACCAUGGGGCUGAUUAG